AUGUUGACUCCUUUUGCUAAAUACGAGUCACCCGAUUUGAAAAAGGAUUUUAUCGUUGACUGCACUGUCGAACAUACCACCAACGGUCAAACUACCGGACCAAGUGAUCAUGUUUUGCAAGCCGGUGCAGUAGAUAGAGAUGCGCCUUCUGAAGCGUCCAAGAAUGCCAUGGGAUCACUACGCUCUCAAUUGACUACCUUACAAGAUGAUAUAAAUGUUUUUCUCACAGAAAGGAUGAAAAGUCAAUCUAAUGAAGCAGAUCUGGACGUUGAAAGGCGGUUAUUGGAUGAGGGUGUUGAUGAAGAUAGUGACUAA